UUAACUGACCUUCUUAGUUCGGCCUCGUCUCACUGCAGACGGGGACCUUGAAGUGUGUUGUGAACUGUCAAAGAAAUUUUGGCUAGUUUUGGUGCGGUGAAAGUCACACCAUGUCUGGUGUGGUUGAGAUUCCCACGUUUCAGGACCUUAACGUCGAAGAGGUUAAUGUGUCAUCAGCUGUAUUGAAGGCGGCUGCCCAUCACUAUGGGUCACAGUGUGACAAGCCUAAUAAGGAGUUCAUGCUAUGUCGGUGGGAAGAGAAGGACCCCAGAAAGUGUCUGAAUGAAGGGAGGAAAGUCAAUGAAUGUGCUGUAAACUUCUUCAGGCAGAUAAAGGGGAACUGUGCUGAGUCUUUCACAGAGUACUGGACCUGUCUGGAUUACUCAAACCUGGCUGAGCUGCGUCACUGUCGUAAACAGCAGAAUGAGUUUGAUAACUGUGUGCUGGAUAAACUGGGCUGGGAGAGGCCUGCAUUAGGAGAUCUGUCCAAAGUGACCAAGGUGGCAACAUCUCGGCCUUUGCCUGAAAACCCCUACCAUUCAAGACCAAGACCUGAGCCCAACACUCCUAUUGAGGCCGAGCUACAACCAUCCAAACACGGCAGCCGUUUGUUUUUCUGGAACUGGUGAAAUGGGCCAAUUGCUGUCCUCUAAAGAUCAUCAUGUCCAUCAACUCCAUUCUUCUGGCCAGAACCAGACCCCACUGGACAGUACAAGAUACAGCGUUCCAGUGGCAGCGCUGUUAUCCUAAAUUAAUGUGUAGAAAUGUCAAUAAAUUUUGUUCACUCAGUACAUGUUAUGGAAUUAAAAAGAUUUAAUUUAAA